AUGAGUAGGGAUUUUAGCAAUGGUAGUACGGGUUCACGAAGCAGAGCAUCUCUUCACAAACCCUUAUCCAAUCGAAGCCUUAUAGACUCUAUUCCAACAACUCCAACUCGAUUGCCAUCUCCAAAUGGAAAUAAGAUGGGACGUCGGCUAUCUACGAGCUCGAUUUCCAACAAGUCAUGGCAAAGCAGCGCUGGAAGUUCCCGAGUCUCACGUAGAUCGAGCAUGGAUGCCUUACCGAUGUUACCAUCUCGCUGUCUUUCACCCAUGCAAAACGACAAAAUUGUAGUAGAAAUAUCGGACCAAGUAAAGGAUUCUCUCAAGGCCUUUCCAUUUCCUGAUUCGGAAAGCAGACUAAAGGCAGCUGUGGGAGUUGUGCAUUCUCCUAUUGCUGCCACAGAGUCGUCCUCAGAAUCCCGGGAUUCAUCCCGCAAUUCGAGACCUGUUCCUCAAGUCAACCCUGAAGUUGACCCUAGAUUACUCCUGCUGUCUAGACUUCCUCAGCAUAUCAAAGAUCAACUACCAGAGCAAGAAUGGUAUAAACUCAUGGAACCAGCAAUGAGUGGAUCGGAGUGCCUUUCUGUUCAUUCUGAUAUUUCAGAUGACUUGUUGUCUUUGGACAAUUCACAUGUCACACCUACUCUUGUGCCAGAAGCAGCUGAAGCCCAAGUACAUGAUGAUGUCUACGGCACUGAUGACGAAGACAGUACGUCACGCCCGAAAAUAAAAGGCAACCAAGAAGAGUCCAAAAUGGACCGUGAAGCUAUCCACAGCACUGAAGAUCAAAGUAUAACUCAAGACGAUGAAAACGAUACAGGAUCACAGUACAAAUCGCCCAUAUCUGGUGGUUCCAAUAAGCCUACCGAACAACAAGAUAGUAAGCCACAAUACCUCAAAGGAGACAGAUGGAUGGACUCGCAUAUAUUGGCAUACGAUGCUAUCUGCUGCACCGAUGAUGAAAGUAAGCAGCCAGAGAUGGAAGACGAACCCGAAAGUGCACAAGAAGAAAGAAAUAGCCCAGGCAAACAAAAGAAACGAGUUUCCUUUGGCAAUGCCCAAGUCCGCUAUCAUGAACGUAUCCUCGUGGUGCACCCGUCUACGUCAUCGGGUCCUAGCGUUGGGAUUGGAUGGGACUACACAGAAAGCGAAGAAGCCAUUGAAUGGGGCAACCAAACUUCCGAGGAAAUGCGUCUGACUCGCCGUAUGCGAGAAGAGAUAGUCGGCGAACUCGGCUAUUCGCAACGCGAUGUUGCCAAAGCGGUCCGAGAAACUUUGAAAAUCAAGAAUCAACGAAGAAGGACCAUCAACAACUUGAAGGCUGCCGUUGUGAACGUGGAAAAGGUGGAAUCGAUGGCUGAGAAUGCGCAACGAAAGAUUCGAAAGCUACAAAAGAAGUUCCGCAUUAGAAAAACAUCUUAA